ACAUAAUUAUAAACUUUUUAAUAGUUUACGUUAUAUUAAUGUUUAGCGUCAGGAUUACUUGUAUCGCGAAUUAAUUCAAUUGGAAACCAAAUUACCAAAUGUAAGAGUGAGUCGAAACCGUUUGUCCACAAUAUGGGGCGGCGCUAGUCUUCUUCAAAUGCUCCUCAACUCUAUUCAACAAAUAUUUGAAUUCAAUGUUUGGCCAAAUUCUUGGGAUUUUCUCAUCAACAUUAGUGAAUCCGAUUUUCCAUUAAAGCCAAUCAAAGAAUUGGAAAAUUUUUUAGCUUCAAAUCGGAAGAAAAACUUUGUUAAAUCGCACGGACAGGACUCACAACGGUUUAUAUCAAAACAAGGUCUCGACAAGACUUUCUAUGAAUGCGAUACACAUAUGUGGAGAGUGGCUGAUAGAGUGUUACCAACUGGCAUUCGUUGGGACGGAGGGAGCGAUUGGGUUGUAUUGAGCCGUGAAUUUUGUCAUUACAUCACAUAUGAAGACAACGAACUACUGUCAGGACUUAAACAGUUGUUUAAAUACACUUUACUGCCGGCAGAGUCCUUCUUUCACACUGUAUUACAAAACAGUGAAUUCUGUGCGACAAUCGUUGACAACAAUCUUCGGCUCACGAAUUGGCGUCGAAAGCAGGGCUGUAAGUGUCAGUACAAACACAUAGUCGACUGGUGCGGCUGUUCGCCCAACGACUUCAAGUCCAUCGAUUGGCCCCGACUUCUCACCACUAAAUCUAAGCCCUUAUUCUUUGGUCGAAAAUUCGAAGCAAUAAUUAAUCAAAAUAUUAUCAAUCAAUUGGAAGAAGCGAUAAACAAGAAUUUUAGUCAAUUCAUGGUUUCUGUGGACAAGUAUUGGCAAAACGAUUACGAUUUUAGAGAUAGUCAGCCCCUCAUAGACGACGCGAAACUCACUUUUUACUAUGCGUUUGCUAUUAAUAGUCAAAAAGCAAUUGAAAAUAAAUGCCAAUUAAGUGAUGUUUUUAGUCAAAUCAAACUCUCAAAAGCACUCCACUUAAGUCAUGUCCAAGAAGUGGAUCUGUAUUUCAAUAACGAUAUCUUUGAGGGCAUAAUAAUCUCAUAUCAAUCGGUCGUUAACAAUGAAUUUAAGACAAUAUUAAAUUUCCAAACGCUUAUCCGUCCGAUUAAUCAUUUAAAUAACAAUACAAAUAAAAUGCCAGAAAAACUCAUAUCUUUAACGGUGUGUUCCGACUUUGAUGUCAAAGAGUUGAUGUUCCGAAACUUUGGCUGCAUUUUAGGCCCGUUUUCAAAGCCAAUAGCUAUGCAUAAGUGGCAUAAUAUGAAUGGUGAACCGUUGAGCACCACAUUUGUGUGGAUCGAUCCGAUCAAUACAGUGGCCGCCUCUUACGAAGUGAGGGUCGAAGUGAACGCCACCGGCGAUCAGCCGCUCACACAACGGCCACAAUUGAACGGUCCGUUACGGCCCGGCGUUUGGCGGCUAAUGGUUUUGCAUAAAUGGGUAGUCAUUGCGGACCAUAAGUUUUUAGUCACUCCUUUACUAUUUCGCAACAAAACUAAAGCCACUAAAGAGUACGCAAAGUUCCGUUACGGCCCGGCGUUUGGCGGCUAA